AACGUGCCCUUCUCCCUCUAGCAGGCAGCGUGUGUACAACAGCAGAGGUUGCGUAGUAACUGCAGCAGGAAGGCGUCAGCUCUGCCCGCCGCGCUCCCGCAGAGAGCCCAGCGGAGCGAGAUCCUAGCUCAACUUCCAAAAUGGACCUUGACAUCCAGUGUGAGGAGAUGGACCCGUCUCGAUGGGCUGAGCUUCUGUCUACCAUGAAAUCCUGCAAAAGCAUCAGGCUGGAUGACUGCAAUCUCUCCAGCAGUAACUGUAAGGACCUCUCCUCUAUCAUCAACACGAACCCGUCCCUCACCGAGCUGAAGCUGAACAACAACGAGCUGGGAGAUGCAGGCAUUGAGUACCUGUGCAAAGGGCUGCUGACGCCCAGCUGUAGCCUGCAGAAGUUAUGGCUGCAGAACUGCAACCUGACGAGCGCCAGCUGUGAGACUCUCCGCUCUGUCCUCAGUGCACAGCCAUCGCUGACAGAGCUGCACGUGGGUGACAACAAGCUGGGAACUGCUGGAGUGAAGGUGCUGUGCCAGGGGCUGAUGAACCCCAACUGUAAGCUGCAGAAGCUGCAGCUGGAGUAUUGUGAACUCACGGCUGAUAUUGUGGAAGCUCUCAAUGCUGCUCUGCAAACCAAGCCCACCCUGAAGGAGCUCAGCCUGAGCAACAACACGCUGGGAGAUACAGCUGUAAAGCAGCUGUGCCGGGGGCUGGUGGAGGCAAGCUGCAACUUAGAGUUACUACACCUGGAAAACUGCGGAAUAACCAGCGAUAGUUGUCGGGACAUCAGCGCGGUGCUGAGCAACAAGUCGUCGCUGAUAGAUCUGUCUGUGGGGGAUAACAAGAUCGGGGACUCCGGCCUGGCUCUGCUGUGCCAAGGACUGCUGCAUCCAAACUGCAAAAUCCAGAAGCUGUGGUUAUGGGACUGCGAUCUCACAAGCGCUAGCUGUAAAGAUCUCUCCAGAGUCCUCAGUACAAAAGAGACCCUCCUAGAGGUCAGUCUGAUAGACAAUAACCUGAGAGACUCAGGAAUGGAGAUGCUGUGUCAGGCGCUCAAGGAUCCCAAAGCUAACCUCCAGGAGCUAUGGAUUAGAGAAUGCGGGCUCACGACUGCAUGCUGCAAGGCAGUCAGCUCUGUUCUCAGCGUGAACAAACACUUGAAAGUGCUGCACAUUGGCGAGAACAAGCUGGGAGAUGCAGGUGUUGAACUCCUGUGUGAAGGGCUGCUGCACCCCAACUGCAACAUCCACUCCCUGUGGCUGGGCAACUGCGAUCUCACCGCAGCCUGCUGUGCCACGCUUGCCACCCUCAUGGUUGCCAAGCCGUGCCUUACGGAGCUGGACCUGAGCUACAACACUCUGGAGGAUGAAGGCGUGAGGAAGCUCUGCGAAGCCGUGAGGAAUCCCAACUGCAAGCUGCAGCAGUUGAUUUUGUACGACAUUUUCUGGAGUUCUGAGGUGGAUGAUGAACUAAGAGCCCUGGAAGAGUCCAAGCCUGAAGUGAAGAUCAUUUCAUGAGUGGUGACUGCCUACAGAGCAAAGUUAAAGCAGUGUCCUCUUCUUAAUCUGAACUUUUCGUACAUAAAGCUAAUUAAUUUAAUAUAGAAUGUGCUUUUACCAAAAAACACUUGUGGGUUCCCUGAGUGGGGUGUCCAGGUAGCUGGUAAGCCUUCCGUGCAGCGCUGAGGCUCAUGAAAGCGUUGUACAUUUUCACUGCAGCAUCGUUAUCCUUGAAGUAAACAAUUACUGGGCAUCUGCUAGAAGUGGGUCUGUACCCUUUAGGAGCUCUUUAAUCCUGUAAUCCCUCCUAACGCAUUAGUCGGGCUCUAAAAGAGAGCUCCUUCCCAAAGGCAAGGGAAGAACUACCUACUGUAUUGCUACUGGGUGGUGCCUUUGCCAGGUCUCUGGAGAAAGCUCUCCAAAACAACGACAACAACAAAAAAACCAAGCCACAUAACAAAUGUGGUUCUUAAUCUAAAAGUCAGCUCUCCACUGCCUUUCUGUAGAGGAGUUGUUGGAAAAGCAGUGAUGACCAGGCUACUAGAGGAAAAAGAAACGAGUGGCUGUUCAGCUGCUUAACUUCAAGAAUUAGCAUCCCUUGAAAAGUGAUUUUUUCCCACAAAUAAAAGAUGCUGUACUUUUCUGCUGGUAUGGGAAAAGAUUAAAUGGUUUGAUACGUUUGCUCUGGCAAGAGUGGUUUUACAGGCAUUUUAUUAAAAUCUGUUUGCAAAUAAUUAAAUGCUUUGUUUUUCUACUUAUAAAAAGAAAAAUAAGAUACAACCCAUA